ACCAGUUAGUUUUAACCUAAACGGGAGAGAGGUUGUGUCGUAAUUUUUUGUAAAGAAACGUUUAUUUGUAUUGUUUUUUACGUAUUUGAUGACUCUUUGUAAAGAAAUACACUUUUUGAUGAAUAAGGUUAAAAACUUUGAAGUAUCACUGUAUUGAUUCGUGCAUUUAAUUCGGGUUUCUUGUGAAUUUAUACGAUUUAUACGAGUGUGUAAUCUUGUAUCGGCGAGAACUCAACGUCGUUUGACUGUGGUUGAAAAAAAUGUGAAGAAAUUGUGAUUUUGGUGAACUGUUGGUUCUAAUGAGGACCUUAUUUAUGACCUAAGGAGGGACAAAUUGAAAACAUGAAGUGUUUAAUAUUUCUUCUGCUGUUGCCGGCUUGUCUAGCACAUUUGAAUGUUUAUUUAAGCAGUGCAGAAGUAUGGAGACUGCUAGGAUUAACAGCGGAACUGUUCUACGUGCGUGACGGCCAGAUCAACUCGUACGCACUCAACUUCGUGGUGCCAGUACCGGCUACCAUCAGUGAGCUGCACUUCACCUGGCAAAGCCUCGCCAGGAGACCGCUGCCAUACACAUUACACGUGGACGUGGCGUCGGAGCCGGAGGCGAUGCACCCGCCGACUUUCAACAUCUCUAGCGCCGGCUACGUGCCCACUGAGACGCAGACAUGGCGAGUCGACUUGCCGUGUAUGGGCACCGUCGCCGCAGAGGUCAACAUCACCAUAUCGCUCAAUAUCUCCACCGGCUCCUCCUCCACCAUCUUACAUUUCCGAAGGCGGAAGAUAUGCCUCAAAGAAGCACUUCGGCCUGCUGUUAGGGUUGAUAGCGUUCCAUAUGCGCCGACUUCUGCAGACAUAUUCUACGCGGGCGCAGGCUGUGCCGGUGGAGUGCUCUUGAUAGCCGCCGUGGCAGCAGUCGCCUGCAAGGCGAGGGCUCGUAAGCUGCGCCGGGCUAGGAGCGAUGAGCAGGACGCGCACGCUUUCCUGCCAGACUCUUCCUGUAAGUCGGCAGCCAGCUACACCAGUUACCGCCGCCCUACCUCGCUACCUCCCGCCGCCGCCGCUGAAGAAAGGGCGAGAGACCUGCAACAGAGAAUAGCUGAGCUGACAAUACAGAGGUGCCGUGUCAGGCUGCGCGCGGUGGCCAUGGAAGGGACGUUUGGCAGAGUUUAUAAAGGCACUUACGCGGACGAGGAGGGGAGGGAACAAGAAGUUUUGGUCAAAACUGUAGCAGAGCAUGCCUCACAAGUACAGGUAUCGUUGCUACUUCAAGAAGGCUGCAUGCUUUACGGAUUACACCACGAGAAAGUGCUCUCAGUUCUUGGAGUGAGCAUUGAAGACCAGACGGCUCCGUUCCUGCUGUACCCUUGGAACAGCGGAUGGCGGAAUCUUAAGCAAUUUCUAUUGGCGUGCCGAGGGGUGGGCGUAGGGGGCGCGGGUGGGGCGCCGCCGCCGCCGCCGCUCACUACGCAGCACGUGGUGCGCAUGGCGCUUCAUGCCCUGGACGGCUUAGCCUACCUUCAUUCCCAGCACGUGCUGCAUAAAGACAUAGCCGCCAGAAAUUGCAUUGUAGAUGAAAACCUCCGAGUGAUGAUCGCAGAUAACGCGUUGUCGCGGGACCUUUUCCCCGCCGACUACCACUGCCUGGGUGACAACGAGAAUAGGCCCAUUAAGUGGCUGGCACUAGAAUCACUGUCGCGAAGACAGUUCAGCCCAGCGGCGGACGUGUGGGCGCUGGGCGUGCUACUUUGGGAGCUUACCACGCUCGCGCACCAGCCCUACGCGGAGGUCGACCCCUUCGAGGUAGCAGCCUAUCUGAGAGACGGCUACCGAUUGCAGCAACCAGCUAACUGUCCAGAUGAAUUGUUUGCUGUAAUGGCGUACUGCUGGGCCAUGUCGCCCGACGACCGGCCCACGCUGCCGCAGCUGCAGACCUUCUUGCGCGACUUCCACACGCAACUGACACGAUUCGUGUAACUCUGUGCUACAGAAAUAUGACCCAAAGACUAAUUGGAAGCGAGUACUAAAAAGGCGUAUGCUUUUGCAUAGAACAGUUACCUUUAGUGAAUUAAAACUAUUGUGAAAAGUGUGUGCGAAGUGAGCGGUGACCAUAAAUAGACUGAUUUUUAUAUAAAUGUGUAUUAUGUAAAUUAUAGAUGUUUUAUUAAGCGACUGUCGUACUGCCUAUUUUAUUCACCUUUUCAACGUUGUAGUUUCGUUGCGCAGUGUGUUGUGAACAAAUAAAGGACCUUUUACGAGCUCUGUAAAUUUAUAACAUGUGCACAGAGCGUGCGAAUUUUAAUAUUAUACUGGCAACACCACUCUGUAACCAGACUAAAUAAAUACGAUCAAGUUAAAAUUAUUUCGCACUUUAAAAGUACCAACUAAGGUCAUUGCACUUACUUAAACAGGGCUGUAUUACGCUACACAAAAGGUUUUAAAACUGCAUUGACAACAUAGAUGACAUAAUGAAAUAAUUAUUCGUUUUUAAUAUUUUAAAGCAGUGAAAGUUGUCAUAACCGCCUUUUUACGUGUUGUAACUCGUAAUUCGUAAGGAAGAUAAAAUAGGAUAUGAAGACAGUCGCCUUUGAAUAUUGUAACGUUAUUCGAAACCUCAAUACUGCCAUAUUAGUUAUAAAGAUUAUUUGUAAAUAUUGAUAGACAUGUACGUAUAUUGAAUGUGCCUCAGAUUUUAUGAAAGUUUUAGAUGUUUAUUGGUGUUUGUAAUUGAACAGAUGUUUUCAUUAAGACUGGAGUAGUUUCGUUUAAUUUAUGUAAAUAGAAUAUUAAUUACCUAGAUCAUUGAUCGAUACUUUAAUCUUCGAUCAUAAUAUUUGUAAUGUUCCAAUAAAGU